GUCAUUUCCUGCAGGGAACGCGGAAAGCAGCGCGGACGUGGCCUGCCGCCCCGGCCCUUCCCAGGAGUGGGUCGCUCUCCUGCCGGGCUGCUGUAGAGACACCAAGGAGCUACCAACUCUCCCAACUGUGAUAAUUCACAGGAAUUCUCAGUAUGGCAGAAAUGGGUGUGGAAAAAGAUAAAGGAGAGGGACUACUGAAGAGGGUGCAGGAACUGGAGGAAGAAGUGAAGAGACUGCAAGAGAAACUCUUGGAGGGCAAGGAGGGCACUGACAUAAAAAGCAACCCUUCGGCACUGGGGAAAACUAAGAAAAGCCAGCAGCGGCCAUUUGAUUUUAGUGCCUAUGGCCGGAGACAUGUGGCACUGAAGAUCGCCUACCUGGGCUGGGGUUACCAGGGCUUUGCCAGCCAGGAGAACACCAGCAACACCAUUGAAGAAAAACUGUUUGAGGCGCUAAGCAAGACCCGGCUGGUAGACAACAGGCAGACAUCCAAUUAUCAUCGCUGUGGACGGACAGACAAGGGGGUCAGUGCAUUUGGACAGGUGAUUUCCCUGGACCUUCGCUCAAACCUUUCAGAGGGAGAGAAAGUGAAUGGUCAUGAGGGUGGCUUGGAAGACAAAACCAGGAGCCCUGCCAACGAAAUCCGCUACACCCAUAUCCUAAAUCGGGUGCUUCCUCCUGACAUACGCGUGUUGGCCUGGGCCCCUGUAGAGCCCAGCUUCAGUGCUAGAUUCAGCUGCCUCAAGAGGACCUAUCGCUAUUUUUUCCCUCGUGCAGAUUUAGAUGUGACCCUCAUGAAUGCUGCAGCACAAAAAUACGUGGGGACCCAUGACUUCCGGAACUUGUGCAAGAUGGAUGUAGCCAAUGGCGUGACAAACUUCCAAAGGACUAUUCUCACAGCACAGGUGCAGCUGGUGGAUAGAAGAGGGGAAACUGGGCUACAGGACCCUUUCCAACUGUACCAGUUUGAAGUCACAGGCCAGGCAUUCCUCUAUCAUCAGGUCCGUUGCAUGAUGGCAAUCCUCUUGCUAAUUGGACAGAGGAUGGAGAAUCCAGAGAUUAUUGAUGAGCUAUUGGAUGUAGAGAAGAACCCUCGAAAACCACAGUACAGCAUGGCAGUGGAAUUUCCUCUGGUUCUGUAUGACUGCGAGUUUGAAAAUAUCCAGUGGAUCUACGACCAAGAAGUUCAGGAGUUUAAUGUUACUCAUCUACAGCAACUCUGGGCCAAUCAUGCAGUCAAAACUCACAUGUUAUAUAACAUGUUACAGGGGCUGGACUCUGCUGUCAUACCCACAGGGACAGGCCCAGAGAAGAACAGAAUGGUCCUCUGGAGAGAGGUGAAGCCCCCAGUCCACAACCAGGUCAGCAGUUUCAUCGAGGGGGUGAAGGCCCGCACUUACAAACCUUUGCUGGCUCGUCCCAAGUGCGAAGGUUUGGAGUCCCGGAUCAAUCACUUUGUUCGCAGGGGACGUAUUGAGCUGCCACACUGCAGGGAGAAAGAGACUGGAGCAGACAAAGAGGAGCACCUAGAAACAAAGAGAGGCCACAGUGACACUGCAGAAAAAGAUAGUGAGGUUCCAGGACAAGCUGCCAAGCGAGUCUGCAUGGACACAGAGUCCAAGAGCUCUAAAUGAGACCUUGCCACCUGAUAGCAGAAGCAGGACCAUCUUUCAGUGAUGGGGUGCAAGUGGUCCCCUAGGAUUUUAGGAAAGGAAACAUUUGGGAGUGGGAGGAAGGGCACAGAGGAGAGGAAUCCCUUUAAUGGUGCAAUUCUGCACCUACUUUUUUUUUUUUUUUUUUUAAUAUAUUUGGACAGCCCCUUGGAAAUCAAUAAUUGUUGUUCGAUAAUAUAGUGCAGAGGUUCUCAAACAGGUCCAUGAAACAUGCUGGGCAUAUGGUACUUGUUUUGCCUCCUUUUUACCAGCUGUUAAAAUGCAUUAAAAGUAGCUAAUAUUACUUUUCCAUGCAAGCAAUUGCUGUAUUUGCCACAGGAAUAUCAUGUGAUUAAAUGGAAGAGGUAGUGCCCCAUGUAAUUGAGGACAAGUGGUUGAGACAGUAUUAGAGUGAUCCAGACUAGGAAAGUGAGAACCCCUACUCUAAGGGCGGUAAGCUGCUACCUUACCUCCAGACUACACUGUUUAAGUGCACAGGGCACUAGCGUGAGAACCACCAUUAUUUCCUUUUAUGCUGCACUUUCUGCUUAAGCACUUUGCAUAUGGAAGAGUUGCAGAGAGAACCAGCUAGCACCCUGGCCAGGAUCCCUUUUCAGCCAGCUCCCUGAAUAAAGUGCUGUCUCAGCAACUGCUGCCAGGCUCCUGUUUGUCACUCAGAGUGCAUUCUGGUGGAUAGUACCCAAAAGGUGGAAAAUAUGGCAGGUUUCAGGAUGCCUAAGUGCUUUGGAGGAACCUAUGAAUUUUGUAGGUUCCUUCCCCUUCAUUCCUGCAGGCUUUAUUUAGUUGAGGAAGGCGAAAUACUUGGAGGCUACUAUGGCCACAGCUCUGUGGAAAUGUAAAUGCUUUGGGUAACAGUACUGAUCAUGGAGACUACCUCCAGGCACCUUAAGUGUCAGCAUGAAACUAGGGAGCAAGAAAGUUUGAAAGAAAGUUAACUAAAAGAAUCAUGUCCAAAAUAAUCAGCUUUUUCUGGAAACAAGUAGGAUACAAUUUCAGAUGAAACACUUGUCCCAAUUACAAAUACAGUGUGGGCUGGAUGGCAGGAAAGGCAGAGAAGGCUGGGGAAAUUAUUUUGGAAAGGAAGAGCCUAUACUGCAGGAGAAUUGAAAGGCAAUAGUAGGAUGGCCAUGUCAGGAUGCGGCAAUGUCUUAAUUUCUGAAGCAGAUCAUUAAACACUUUUCAGUUUUAAACUAGAGUGACUAAUUUGGCAAUCAGAUGAAUUUUACUAGUUGUUUCAAAUGCUUUAUUUUUUUCCUAUGAAGGAAAAAAGCACCUUCAUGACUUUGUAAUUAAUCUACAAUUUUAGAGGGGAUGCACUGGAAGGAAACUGAUGCGACUCUAAAGAAAGUUCUGGCUACAAUCCCAAAGGAGUGAGCCACGCUAAUAAUGAGUGAAAAGUAUAAUACCUGCUAUUGGGGAAGUACCUGCCACAGGCCCUCAACCCUGACUUUAAAGGAAUUUAGGCACCAAUCCUCUAAGCAAUCUUGCAACUGCUUCCCUUCUUACACACACAUAGAAACU